UAUAGCCACACCCUCUCUUCAUCACUUCACCUUCUCAGUUUCCUUAUGCAACAGUCUCAACUGGCCGGACUCCGGCGCCAUGUCUAGAGACUAGAGCCACAUAGUUUCCGGCUAAUUUCCCGGCGAAAGUUCGUUACUUCCGUAGAAAGUUACGGUAACUCUGUUUGAAUUGUUAGAGAAAAGUUUGAAGAUUUCCCGGAAAAUCCCCGUUGUUCGGUCCUAUCGCGGGGAUUGGGUUUGACUUCUCAUUUGAUUUGCUCCUGUAUCGACUAAUUUUUUUUUUUUGGGGAAUCUAUAGAGAAUUAGGGCUAUUUGGGGUUUCUCAAAUGGUUGUCAAAACUCAAAAGGGGGGAUUCUUUUAAUCCAGAUUGCGAUACGACUUUAAAUGUUUUGAUUUGUUAAAUUUGAUGGAAAAAACUAAUAGGUGUAGAUUGAUUGUAGGCAAAGAUCAGAAUUUGUUUUCGGGUUAUUGGGAGCUUAAGUGAGAAUCGUGGGGUGAUACUGGGUUUUUUUUUUCUUGACAUUUUAUCGAAAUUGAUUUGUUUUCAGAAAUUUGUUUGAUUUUGUUUGGAAUAUAUUAAGAUACUUGUUCAAAAUGAUAAAGAAAGCUCGUUUGGAUGAUAUUACGGAGGAAACAGAAAAUGAAGAAGUAAAUAGUUUUUCAAUGGUGAAUUGGGGGGAAACAGUGAAUUAUGGUUGUUGCCAAAAUAGGCCAAGUGAUUCACUGUUUCCUGGUCUUGUUGAUGAUGUUGCCUUGAACUGUCUUGCUUUGGCGUGUAGAUCAGACUAUGCUUCUUUGUCAUGUAUAAAUAAGAGGUUUCAUAAAUUAAUCAAAAGUGGGUAUUUGUAUGGAUUGAGGAAGCAACUAGGUGUCGCAGAGCAUUGGGUGUACUUAGUUUGUGAUCCAAGGGGCUGGGAAGCAUUUGAUACAAUGAGAAACAAAUGGAUGACGUUGCCUAAGAUACCUUGUGAUGAGUGUUUCAACCAUGCAGAUAAGGAGUCAUUGGCUGUGGGUAGUGAAUUGUUGGUUUUUGGGCGUGAGUUAUUUGAUUUUGCAAUUUGGAAGUAUAGUUUGGUCCAUAGUGGUUGGAUGAAGUGUGAGGGAAUGAAUCACCCCCGUUGUUUGUUUGGAUCAGGUAGUCUUGGUUCUAUUGCUAUUGUUGCUGGUGGUAGUGAUAAGAAUGGAAAAGUUUUGAAUUCAGCAGAGUUAUAUGACUCUACAUUGGGUAAAUGGAAUAUGUUACCCAAAAUGAAUUCACCACGUAGAUUGUGCUCUGGUUUUUUUAUGGAUGGCAAAUUCUACGUCAUUGGUGGGAUGUCAAGUCCUACUGAAUCAUUAACAUGUGGAGAGGAGUUUGAUUUUGAGAGAGGGGAAUGGAGGAAGAUAGAAGGGAUGUAUCCAAAUGUUAAUAGAGCUGCCCAGGCUCCUCCACUUGUGGCUGUUGUUGAUAACCAGCUCUAUGCAGUUGAGUAUGUGACAAACAUGGUGAAAAAGUAUGACAAGGUGAAGAACACUUGGGAUGUGUUGGGAAGGCUACCGGUUAGGGCUGAUUCUUCGAAUGGCUGGGGUUUGGCAUUUAAGGCUUGCGGAGAUAAACUUUUGGUUGUGGGUGGGCAAAGAGGCCCAGAAGGUGAAGCUAUUGUGUUGAACUCUUGGUGUCCAAAGUCAGGAGUUAAUAAUGGGACCCUGGACUGGAAAGUUCUUGGUGUGAAGGAGCAUGUUGGGGUAUUCGUGUACAACUGUGCCGUUAUGGGUUGCUGAUGAUUCUUUAGAUUGACUCAACGGAUGAAGCAGGUUUCUGCAACCUGCACUGCACUAUAGGGUGCUUUCCUGCACAUUAUUUGAUUGACUAAAAUUAAUUGUUGAUGAGGUAGCCUUUCACAAUCUAUGAAUUCAAUUACUUUGCUUAGCAUGUCUGUAUCUGAAAACUUUAUGAUUAUGCAAUUUAUCUGCUUUCAGGAGUACUCAGUUGGGUCACUCUGAUCAUGUAUCUUUCAAAUCCCAUUUCUGAUCCACAGUCAACGUAUUUAUAUCAAUAAAUUGAAACCUUCAUUGUUGAA